GCCUGGACCCUCACUCAGCCAGACGGUACUCGCCACGCUCCCGCACGCCACGCUCGCCCUGUGCUACCGCGACUUAACCUUCCCAAACUCACCAUCCCAGUUUUAGUGCGACACAUCAAGCAAGAAGAAUCUCUGACACUGUGACUGUGAUCUUUCGCCACGAAAAUACUUGUAUUUGUGUUCUAUGAAAGUUAUCUUUAAUUUAUUCGCUUGAUAAGAAUAAAUAUAUAUUUACAAUCCGUAUCGGAUAAUCCUAGCUUUACCAGUCAGUUUUCACAAUCAAGCCUUGUGGAGAUGGCUUGUUUAAACAAUUACGCGAUGAACAAGUGGAUGAAGUAGAUUGACGCGGAUAUCUGCAAAGAGCACAAACAGGGAGUUGAUUGACCAAGCGGUGCUCGGGGACUAUGUAUAUGGGCAGGACUGCUGCUGCUGCUCCAUCUUUGACUACUUUAACAUCAUAGAAAAUAUGGAACACUGAGCAUUACUGGAAAAGGUUAUUGGAAGGUUUAUAUUGACGCAGCGAGACUGAUCUUCUCCAGCAACUUUAUCUUGGAGGAACAAGAUGCCAGAGCAGAGCAACGACUACCGGGUGGUGGUGUUCGGGGCUGGCGGUGUGGGCAAGUCCUCCCUCGUCCUGCGCUUCGUCAAGGGCACCUUCAGGGAGUCCUACAUCCCUACCAUCGAAGACACGUACCGUCAGGUGAUCAGCUGCAACAAGAACAUCUGCACACUGCAGAUCACAGACACGACGGGUUCCCACCAGUUCCCAGCCAUGCAGCGCCUCUCCAUCAGCAAAGGACACGCCUUCAUCCUCGUGUACUCCGUCAGCAGUCGUCAGAGCCUGGAGGAGCUCCGCCCCAUCUGGGAGGUGAUCCGGGAGAUCAAGGGUAACGAAGUGGAGUUCCCCAUCAUGCUGGUAGGGAACAAGUGUGACGAGAGUGACGCCAGAGAGGUCCAGAGUGCCUUCGGCGAGUCCCAAGCCAAGGCGUGGAAGUGCAACUUCAUGGAGACGUCGGCUAAAACCAAUCACAACGUGAAGGAACUGUUCCAGGAGCUUCUCAAUAUGGAGAAGAACAGAAAUAUGUCGCUCCAACUAGACGGGAAGAAAAAUAAGUCGCAAAAAGGCACCCGCAAAAUAAAGGAGAAAUGUCUUCUCAUGUGAGGAGGAGGAUGUUGUGGCGUGAGUGUGAAGUGUAACGCUGACUGUGAUCUCUGACUGUAUGGCGGGGGUGCCUGAGAGCCACUCACAGUGACACACAUAAUGCCACCGGCCUCGCCCACCACCUGAACAACGGGCUCUUGAGCCGUCAAAACAACCCGAGGUCGAAACGCUCUGUGUCACACAUAUAGGUCAUAAUUCAGUCUCAUUCGUCGACUUAACGUUAUCAUAAUAAUCUCAGCACAAUUUCCAUGGCAAUACCCUUGUAUAACGAGCAGUAACGUGACCUCAACUGGGCGGUGUUGUUCGUACCUGCUCGUCUCCCCUGUGGCCACACCCGCCGCACUCCUGCCCAGCCAAGCGUUCUGUAUCACAGGGACCAGUUUCCUCUCUCUCUUGCACAUUUUUGCCCGUCUUAUAGUGUACAGAAGUGUUUCCCCGCACCUCCUUAGACUUUCCCCUUCACGUUCUAGGUCCCCGUUAAUGACCUCCCGGACGAGGCGUGAGGACCUAGACUAAUUCUGUGCUGUUCUCCAAAAUGCAACGACUCCAAGCACAUGUAAAACUUUUUUUUUGACACUGUAAAGGUUUAGUCCCUCAUAGUUUCCAGUUAGUUAGAAAACGAAUAGUUGCAGGGAGGACGCACUCAAGUCAGACUCAAGACGCACAAGGAGGCAUCCCACAUGCCUCACAAGCUCUUGAGGGUCUCCACGGAGCCCGGAAGUUGGACUGCUAGACUAAGCCGUAGUGGACUCUGGAAGAUGCUGAUUUAUAUCGGGUCAACUAAUUGCUGUGUGCAUUGCUUGCCUCUGGGGUGGACUGGUAGACUUUGCGACAGAUUGCUAGAUUGCUGAGUGAACUGUGAGGUAGGCUGUGAUAUGGACUAGGAGACUGUGGAGUGGACUUGGAGGCUAUGGGCCGGGCUGUGGUGGUGUCAUGGGUCCAGUCUGACUUGUGUGAGAUCCUGGCCCAGUCGGUUCUCCCGUAGCCGACACAGCAAGGGGAUAUAGAUACCGACGUCGACUCAACAAGGGGUUAGUUACCGACGUUGACACAACCAGGGGCUAUAGUUACCGACGUCGACACAACCAAGGGCUAUAGUUACCAACGUCGACACAACCAAGGGCUAUAGUUACCGUCGUCGACACAACCAGGCGCUACAGUUACCGACGUCGACACAACCAGGCGCUACAGUUACCGACGUCGACACAACCAGGGGCUAUAGUUACCGACGUCGACACAACCAGGGGCUAUAGUUACCGACGUCGACACAACCAGGGGCUAUAGUUACCGACGUCGACACAAUCAGGAGCUAUAGUUACCGUCGUCGACACAACCAGGGGCUAUAGUUACCGUCGGCGACACAACCAGGGGCUAUAGUUACCAUCGUCGACACAACCAGGGGCUACAGUUACCGACGUCGACAGGACUACCGUCGUCUGAUAGAGCCCUCAGCCCUCCCCUUCCUCAUCUCACUUAUAACUCGAGUCAAAAUGAAACGAAUGUAGUGCAGUUUUGUUAUAGUGUGUGACGUCGUCUGAGAGACAUGUGACGUCAUUUAUAAGACGUGUGACGUCGUCUGAGAGACACGACCACGCCGGACGCCGAUCGUGUCGAGCGACGUCACCAAUUUGUAGUCGCCUCGUGUUUACCUUCUGUGGACAUUUUACAAUUUUCCAGUGUUAAAUUCUCUGUUGUUUUUGUUUUUUAACAUGAUUUAUAUACAUAUAUAUAUAAUAUACAAUAGUGUGUAUAAUA